AUGUUGCCGGUGGAAUUGGCCAUAGAAGCAGAGAAAGAUGACGUGGCAGCAUUUUUGAUUAGAGCUAUGCGGCAUGAAAGAGUCCAAAGAUUAUUUUUUUGGACACCUGGCAACAUGACAAAUCCUGAACCAUCUUUUUUAAGUUUGAAGGCAAUCAUCGAGAAUCCCAAAAUGAAGAAAACAGUAGUAGCUGUACUAGACCAGAUGGUGAAUCCACAUUGGCCAUAUCUUCCACAGCGCCAAGAAAAAUAUGAAACUGAGGAGGAGAAGGAGGCAAUUGAAGGAGUCUGGAAGACAAUCACAGAUGAUCCAUUAAACUAUCAUUUUUAUUAUCAUAUUUUGGAUGGAGAUGAGGGAGGACGACCCCCAAAGAUUAUGGCUUCAGAUGGACACCAGCAGAUAGUAAACAAUUAUUUUAAUGGGAAAAACAAGUCUUGUUUACAUACUAUUGCCAAAAGCAACAACAAAGAAGCUUUGCAGCAUCCUGUGGUCAGAAUGUUAAUUAGAUCAAAAUGGAGAAGCUAUGGACACUUGUUUCUCAGCCUCCAAGUAGCCUUGUUUUGCAUCUUCUUGCUGCUCAUGUCAUAUUCUCAGCUGCAUGCCUCAACCAAACUGGACCCCACCCAGUACAACAGUGCCCUGGACUCACUGCGUGGAUUUUGUGAAGUUUUCACUCUACUUAUGGUUGUGUUUUAUAUCUGUGAGGAGAUAAAACAGAUUAGAAUAGAGGGGCGUUCUUAUUUCACAGGGUGGAUGGCCCUCUUUGACUGUGGUUUUGGAGACGUCUUGUUGAGCGGAUUUCGAGCACUGUCUGAUCAGUAUCCAAUGGCUGAAGACUACUCAACUUUCAACUGGCUGUCAGUUCUGCUGAUGAUGGCGUACAUGGGGACAGUGACUGUAAUUCUACUGAACAUUCUCAUUGCACAAAUGAGCACGACCUACACUCAGGCCAAGAAAUUCUCUCGCCUGGAAUAUGAUGUUGAUCGGAUUUUACAACUCACUCGCAUGGAGAGAUUUCCUUUUCUGAAUUUGCGUGUGAAGUAUUACAAAGAGGGAGACUGGAUCAGUGAAAUGAAUCUCGCAAAAGAGCUUCUUGAAUUCAGUGAAGAUCGGAAUCCGUGGGAGUCAGUCGAAGAAAAACUUAGUGCGAUCAGGGAAAAGAUGAGAAAGAUGGUGAAACAGAUGAGGCCUGCACAAGAUUAAAACGGGUGUCUGUUUACAUUACAUUGAUAUUGAGACAUUUAUUUGGCAAUUGCCAUUAGUUGUAGUUUUAUGCGACAAAAGGAGACGUCAACUGCCUUUGAAAGGAGAAGAUAGAGGCCAUGGGUAUUACGAGAAUUUCGUCAGAUUAUUUACAAAGCUGCAAUCAGGGCUGUUAUGUUAAAGGAACUAACAACAACAACAAUCUUUGUGAACAACCAUACGGCUGAAAAUAAGAAACAAAGGGAAAACGGGUGUGACAGACAGUUGAUUUAAAAAGAAAGCGUAACCACAUUAGAAAACAACGGAGCCGAUUAGAACAGCUGGCUUCAAGUGGAAAAUACAAGAAAUGACGAUUGAAAGCAAGGCGAUAUGAUAUAAGGAUUGAAAAUACCAAAGUCUGCUUUUGAAUUAAUCACGCUUCUACGUGGAUGUCACAAUCAGUAGCUACUCUUUCAAAGUUCUGCGUAUGUAGAACCAGGCGUGCGUUUCGAAUUCUCAGAAAACCCAAACAUUUCUCGUGCUUGAUAGAGGUCUUCGAAAGCCCUAGCAGGCUAUAUAUCAUGCCUAUGCAACUAAUUCUCGACUUUUCAUUAAUAUCUUUAAGCAGUUAACGCUUUAGUGUUUUGUUGUUUGCACAAGUUUAUUUAUGACUGUGACUUUAUUUCCACACAAACUUUGUAAAUCAUGCUUUACUUUACAACCGUGAAUUGAUUGCACACAUGUAUCGUCGAUUACUGAUUUACUCAAUUAAUAUCUUAUUUGCUUACACAAUGUUGAUAUCAAAAUCUAACUAUAACGUGUUAUCCUUACUUUGAUUGUAGAUCCUUUGCAUUCCGUUCCACCCUUUAGAAACGAGUACAUACUAAUUUAUAUCUAACUUAUGUUAUGAAGGACACAUUAAAAAUACCGCUUAACAAG